AAUGGCACAAGCAGAAGCAGAAGACCACAGAGAAGCACUGUCCCAGUUUUCCUUACCCCCCUUGACUAAAGCAAUGAUGGCGUCACAGUACAGCAGCCCUGAUGGUGCCUUGGAUGGGAAUACUGUAGAUGCAACUUACAAAUAUAUUUUGAACGAAGUACCAAGGGAGUUCAUGUCAUCCCAGGCAAAAGCAGUUAUUCAAACUACUGACGAUUAUUUGCAGCCUCAGAUUGGCCCCAGCAAACUUUUGCAUUCAGCAGCGGUAUCGGAAGGGUCAGGACUUCAAGAUUGCUCCACACAUCAAACAGCAACAGAUCACAGCCACGAUGAAAUAUCAGACCUAGAUGACUACAAAUCAAACAGCAAAAACAAUUCUUGGUUUAUAUCAGCAUCCAAGAGAAACAGACCUGUCAGUGCUCUGGUGGGUCAACUGAGGGUUGUAGAGUUCUCUUCUUUAAAAUUUCAGUUGGUCCAGAACUGGCAUAGAUUGUAUCAAAGACACAAACUUCAAGCAAGAGUGAUUAAAGUAAUAGCUUAUAAAAAUGGAUCCAGAAAAGUCUUUGCUAAAGUUAUUGCACCAACCAUCACACUGCUGCUGGAGCAGUGCAUAGAAAAGCUUCUGAACGUGGCCACAAGACGCGUGUUCUUGGCAGACGGCAAGGAAGUCCUCGAACCUGAAGAUCUACCCCAUAAAUCUGACGUUUAUGUUUCAACGGGAGAACCCUUUUUAGAUCCAUUCACAAAACGAAAGGUAAAAAAGAAAAAAAAAUACCCUUACCCCCACACAUAGUAAAUUGCUUAAGGGGUGUAAUUAAAAAAUGAUUUUCAU